AUGGAGAGAGAGAAGAGAGAGGAAGGCGAGAUAGUAUCGGAAUACAAUGACGAAGACAAAAAGGAAAAAGCAGUAACCUUUUAUGUCUCUAAUCUGCAUCCACACAUUACAGACGGAGAAUUAUGGAUAGAAUGUAAGAAUUACGGACACAUAGUGGAUGCCUAUAUAGCAAGAAAACUGGAUAAAUGGAAGAAUCGUUUUGGUUUCCUGAGGUUUGUCAAUGUGAAAGACACCGAUAAGAUGGUCAAAGCUUUGAAUCAAAUGAACUUCUAUGGAUGGAGGAUUAGAGCAAACGUCGCCAGAUUUGUUAAAGUGGAAAAGAAGACACGGGGAAAAAGUAAGGUUUGGACGGAAAAGAUACAAGACCCAGUCGCUCCAGUAAACAACGAGCGGUCGGCUCCAAAUAACGGGCACGUGAAACAAGGAACUACCUGGGCAGACGUUGUAUCAGGCAGACCGAAACACCAAGUAAACGUAAGUGAACUAAGAUUCGCAAACGAAUCGGUCCCACUAAAAGCAUGGAGAGGUUCUUCGGUAAUUGGAGAAUUACACAGUAUUGAGGCACUAAGGGGAGCUAGUCAGAUGAUGAAAGAUCUGGGAGUGAAUAGGGCACAGGUCAGAUAUUUGGGUGGGCUGAAAUUAUUGGUAGUGUUUGAUUCAAUAGAAGAACUUAACUUGUUCUUGAAAAAGGAAGACAAUCGGAAGGAAUGGUUCAGGUGUAUAAGCGUUUGGAACGGAGAAAGAAUACCUUACGAAAGAAUUGCAUGGCUGAGAAUCAGAGGAGUCCCAUUACAACUAUGGAUAGACACAGUUUUUGAAUGUAUUGGCGAGAAGUUUGGUAAAGUAAUAAAAAAGUCGGAUGCGGACGAGAAGGAUGUGUGUUUUAACGAAGAAGUUAUUGGCGUCCUAGUAUAG